AUGUCUCCUGGACAUAGACGAUGGCGCCCACGAGGAGAUAAUGAGGGACCCAGACCGGCGAAUAAUCCAACUGACUUUAUGACAGCUUUGGAGGACAUAGCUGCUGCCAUGCAGGCAAAUAGUGGAGGCAAUGGGCCGAAUGGAGGCAACGGAGGGCCGACGAAUUUGGCCGCUUUCCUGAAGGUGAAUCCACCAACCUUCAAGGGUACGACCAACCCAACUGAGGCGGAUAACUGGUUCCAGGCGAUGAAAAGGGCGUUGCAAGCUCAACUAUGCAGGCUCAACAUGUGCCGAAAGAUCAGUGAUGUUGUGAUCACUUGGGAUGCCUUCCAAGUUGAGUUCUACAAGAAGUACUUUCUGAACUCGGUUAGGGCGGCGAAGGAAUUAGAGUUGAUGCAGAUGAAGCAAGGCUCAAUGAAUAUGGCUGAAUACACUACUAAGUUUGAGGAACUGUGUCGAUUCUCGAAAGUUUGCCAAGGUGCUCCGGAAGGUUAUGAAGAGUGGAAGUACAUUAAGUACGAGGGUGGACUUUAG